ACCAUACCUGAAUCAAAGUUUCAAACUCAACCCGUACCUGCAUAGGCUCAAAUCGAUUAUCUGGGUUAAGUGGUUAACCAUUUACGAAGACAAAGCAAGAUCCGGUGAAAGAGAGGGAGACAGCAGUUGAAAGAAGUGCUCAAGUGAGGAGAGAGAAAGUCGAAGACGAGAAUGUCGUUCAUGAAGGGUGAUCUUCUCACUAAAACCAGAAAGCUGGUUAAGGGUCUCGCUAAAUCUGAGCCCCUUUGGCUUAAACCCAUGCAAAAGGCCCCUCCUGUUGUUUUCCCUCGUUCUGAUGGAAAAGUGAAGCCGAUCAGCCUUCCUGAGGAUGUUUAUGUAAAUAAAUUCUAUCAGAAGCAUCCAGAGUCAAAAUAUGAAGAUCCUAUCAAGUUUAAUGGUUUCAGUCCUGUUCCAGCCUGUAUUUUUGCUGGGCGAGUGCUCGAAUUGAAGGAGCAAGGAGUAAGAGAGGAACAAGCGUUGGCCGUAGCUGAUAUGGAAUAUCGAGGAGAGAAGAAAUCCAAAAGGCAGGCUUACAAGCGUUUAAGGCAAAUAGCUCAUAUUCAGGGGACAAAACCACCUCCUAAUCCAUAUCCGAGUGCUAUUAAGGAGAUACAGGCAGAGGAGCGACCUCAUGUCCGUGACCGAUUUUUCAAUCCUCAUAUACUAGAGAUAGCUAAGAAGCUAAAAGAAGAAAGAGCUGCUGAUAUGCGGGAAAGGUUUGGAGGACGAGGCGUUUAGUUCUUGAAAAAGUAAUUUGAAUCAAUCAAAAACUAGAGCGGCCUUGCUUUAUCUUGCCAAGAGUUUGCACCUUUGCUUUUGCUCCAUUCGUAUGCAUUUGGUUUUUCAUUAUUGUUACAUGAUUCACUUGAUCACUUUUACUGAAUCAGAAUCAUAAAUCAAAUUGAUUUUUGUUUAGAGAUGGAGUUAUAGAGUUUAGAAAACAAAUAUCAGAUUUUUUUACAAUUUUUCUCAUUGGAUGCUAAUUGCCAAUAAAUCAGAAUUUUCCUGAACUCCCA